AUGUUGAAACAAUUCAGACGAAAUAGUUAUAUUCAAUUAUUAAAUCCAAGACAUUAUCAACAUAAUACGAUUUGUAAUUCAAUCCUGUUUGGAUAUUUUGGUAUUAGAACGAUUUCAUUACCGAAAAAUCAUGAUUUACAAAAAUUUGUCCAUGACAAAUCAUUUGACAGUUUAGCAGAAUCAAUUGUAUUUCAUGAAAAUGCAUGGGAAAAUGGCAAAAAUAUAAAAGGAUUUUUUACCAAUGAUCAAAACACAUUGAAAGCAGUUGGUAAUAUCUUAGCCAAUAACUCACAUGAAAAAUUUCUCUCAGAAUUACUAUUAACACCUCCAUCUUUAUCAACCAAUGAACAACGUUCACGCCCAAUUAAUUUCUCAUCGAUUGAAAAUUUUCCACAUUAUAUGGAUGAUUAUGAAAAGAAUAAGACACAAAGAGUAUUAGUUACUGUUGGUGGUCCAGCAGCAUUAGAUACAGCUGUUAUUGCUAGUCUAAUGAAUAAUAUUAAAUUGUCGAAGAUCAUUCAUAUAUCUGGUUCAUUUAAAGAGAGUAAUCUUGCCCAUUCUGCUUUACAACUUCAUGUACGUCAUGGAACAGCAUUAAAUGCUGAAUCUGAAUUAACAGGACAUGCUUUGUUAUUACCAUUUUUAAUUCGUAAUAUUAAAGGAUGUUCAAUGAAAGAUAUUUUACAUCCCGAUUUUCGAAAAAUCGAUGUCAAAUUUUCUAGUCUCACGCCUGAAAAAGUACGUAUCUAUUUAGGAAACGAAUUCAAUUGGUUUUGGCAAAUGAUACGAUAUCGAUUAGGUUUGAUAACAGAACAUGAUUUAAAUCGUUUAGAAUCAGCCUUUUCCCAAGAUAUUCUACAUUUAAUAGAAUAUUUCAGUAAAAUGACACUUAGUAGUAAUGCUAAUAGAGAUCCUUCACAAUCAAUUUCCAUUCAUAUCGAUUUAACUCAUACUGGAAGUGAAGAAACUCUCGUCAAUAAUAAAUUGAUUAAAAAAACUGUUGGUAUUAUAUCAGAACAACUUUCAGAGUACGAAAAAGACUUUUUCUUCGGUACACAGAAGGUAAAUAUUAUUGAGGCCACUCGUUAUCACAAUGAUGGUAGCCUAUUAAUGGAAGCUCAAUGUAAAAAACAAAAUAUUCUGACAAAUCGUGGUGGAAUAAAUCUUGAACAACAUAUUACUCAUGUUCUUUUUGCUAAAGAUGAUGUAACAACUGGAAAAACUCGUCUAGCUGGUUUAAUAACCGAUAAGAAUCAAUUUAUUUAUGCUUCACAUUUACAUUUAAGUCCAGGAUAUAAAGCCAAAUUUCAAUUUGAUAAAGCACGAGCAAGUCGAUUUAUAAGAAAUUUUCUGAAUAAAAUGGAAAAUAAGUUCAAUAUUUCUUCUCCUGUAACUAGACAUCGUUUAACUGUUGCUACUGGCACUUCUAUUAAUGCAUUAAUGCAUAAUAACACUCAUUUAAAGAAAAUUAUAGAUAAAUAUGGCAUUACUCCACAAUAUGCAGUGACUAAUAGCCAUUGGACAAUGUUAGCAAAGGAUGAUAAACAUAUUUUGAUGAGAAUAACAGGUGGUGGUAAUACUGGUUUGGAAGAUUAUAAUCCUGCUUAUUUUUUUAAUUUAAUCGCUAAUACUGAACGAAUUUUUGGUCAUGACACUCUCAUUGGAAUCGUUUCUACUUAUGGAUGUCCUCGUAGUAUUAAUGCACGUAAUUCAACAGAAUUCUUCAAGGCUGCUAAUGUAAUUAUAUCAUACGGAAAAGGAGGCACAGGAAAUACGAAGCGUCAUGCUGAAGCAAUUCUAGCAUUGCAGGAACUUGGAUUUACAAGUGAUGUUCAAGAUUUUCUUAAUCAUCAAGUUAAUUACAAAGGAGAGUCUCUCUUGAAAAUAGCUACUUUCAUUCAUGAGAAAAGUAGAGCUAUGAAAUUUUUAAUAGAAGACAAUGGCCAUUUUGAUCGUCGACUUGGCUACAGUCAUAAAUUGUCCUACAAUGAAAAGAUUACAAUUGAAGAAAUUCCUUAUAUUCAUAAAAAUGUCAAAAAGUCUUAA